AUGGCCCGUAAGAAGAUUAUCAUUGAUACCGAUCCCGGCAUUGACGACAUCCUCGCUCUACUGCUGGCGCUCUCCGCCCAGCCAGAAGAGGUGGAAUUGCUGCUCAUCUCGUUGACCUUUGGAAAUAUUGAAGUGAAGAGUUGUCUCCGCAAUGUGGUCUCUAUGUUCCACACUCUCGAGCGUGAGAUGGAGUGGCGUCGCGCAAAGGGCCGUCUCGAAGGCUUUGGCACGAUGCGUGCAUACCGCCCUGUCGUUGCGGUAGGCGCCGAGGACCCGCUUGAGGAUCAGAAGAUGCUGGCUGAUUACUUUCAUGGAACCGAUGGCCUCGGUGGAAUUCACGCCACUCACCCGCACUUCACACCUAGUCACGCGUGGGAACAUCUGUUCGACCCGGCCGUGGAUUUCGAUGGCAUCAAGACCGUGCAGACAGGCGCUGGUCCCGAUGACCAUUCUUUCAUUCCGUCGAAACUGCCUGCCCACAAGGAAAUCCUGCGGGUAUUACGUGAAAAUGAACCUGACACGGUGACCCUGGUUGCCGUUGGUCCUCUCACGAACCUGGCGUUGGCCUCGGCUGAAGACCCAGAGACCUUCUUGCGUGUGAAGGAAGUGGUCGUGAUGGGUGGAGCUGUGGAUAAGCCUGGAAAUGUCACCCCGGUUGGCGAGUUUAACGCCUAUGCUGACGCCUUUGCCGCGGCUCGAGUGUUUGCCCUGACAUCCCCCAACCCGAACUCAACCCUGCCGCCUUCCCAGAGCUCACUGCUCCCGCCGUAUCCCGAUAAACUCAGCCGGCAACUGACCCUCCGUCUCUUUCCCUUGGACAUCACAUUGCGCCACAAUCUGUCCCGUGGCCAAUUCCGAGCCGCCAUCACUCCCCUUCUCGAGAGCGGCUCUCCACUCGCAGAGUGGGUCUCAGCCUUUAUGGCACACACAUUCAAGACUCUGGAACGGCUGCAUCCUGGGCAUGUUGGCGACGAUGCCCAGCUGAGCCUGCAUGAUCCUGUCUGUGUCUGGUACGCCCUGACCGCCGAGGACCCUCACUGGGCUCCCUCCGCGACAUCACCAGAAGACAUCCGGAUUGAAACUACGGGCCAGUGGACUCGUGGUAUGUGUGUGGUUGACCGUCGUAGCCGUCAUCGCAUUGAGGGCGAUGAAGAGACUUCCAGUGACCACGGCCUUUGGUUGAGCCGUCGCGCUGGCAACCGUAUCUAUCGGAUGGAUCAGUCACCGGCAGAGCACACGUUUGGGCAGAUCAUCAUUGAGAAACUGUUCGGCUAG